AUUAUCUGGUCACUUCUCCUUUUCUCUUUCUCUCUGUGCUCUGUCGCUUUACUUUCUCAAACGCUUCGUACGUUCUGAUUCGUCUUCUUCUUCUUCUACUUCAUCAGUAGAAAGAAGAACCUCGAAAAUGGCGAAAGAGAAAGACCAAAAUACUAAGGAUAAUAAAAACCUUCUAAUUUGUUUCUUAUGGAACUUCUCCGCCGAGCUCAAGGUCAUUUUAGUGGCGUUACUCGUUCUCUGCACUUUAGCCACUCUCCUCCCUUUCAUACCUUCUUCUUUCUCCAUCUCCGCUUCCGAACUCAGAUUCUGCAUCUCACGAAUCUCCGCUUCGGACGCCGUUAAUUCCACUUCCCUCGCCGUCCUAAACAGCUCGGGAUUAGAAAACGGCGUCAUUAAACGGCCGUUAACAGAAAAGGCCGUAGUGAAUAACGGCGAUAUAAAACUGCCUCUGGUGAACAACGGUGAUACAAAACGGCUGUCUACUGGCAACGCGGUAGUGGAUAACAGCGACGUCAAACAGAAGUCGGCGUUAAAUAACGGCGUUACCAAACGGUCGUUUACUGGUUACGGCUGGGCGGCUUACAACUUCGUGUUGAUGAGCGCUUACAGAGGCGGCGUCAACACUUUCGCCGUUAUCGGCUUAUCCUCGAAGCCACUUCACGUCUACGCACACCCGUCUUACCGUUGCGAGUGGGUCCCACUGAACCAGUCUGAGAACCGGGUGUUAACCGACGGUAACAAAAUCUUAACCGAUUGGGGAUACGGCCGAGUUUACACAACCGUCGUCGUCAACUGCACAUUCCCGGCGACCGUAAACCCUAAAAACUCCGGCGGGACUCUUCUCCUCCACGCCACCACCGGAGACGCAGAUCGGAACGUCACCGAUUCGAUUCCGGUCUUAACCGAAACCCCAAACGCCGUCGAUUUCGACCGCUACGACACCAAUCGCCGCCGCCGCGAGAAGUACGAUUACCUCUACUGCGGCUCGUCUCUGUACGGAAACCUAAGCCCGCAGCGAGUGAGGGAGUGGAUCGCUUACCACGCGAGGUUCUUCGGAGAGAGAUCUCACUUCGUUCUCCACGACGCCGGAGGGGUUCGAGAGGAAGUGCGCGAGGUUCUACGGCCGUGGAUUGAGCUCGGGAGAGUGACGUUACACGAUAUCAGAGAUCAAGAACGGUUCGAUGGAUACUAUCACAACCAGUUCAUGGUGGUGAAUGAUUGUUUGCACAGAUACAGAUUCGAUGCCAAGUGGAUCUUCUUCUUCGAUGUUGAUGAGUUUAUCUCUAUCCCUCCCAAUAAUACAAUCUCGUCGGUGAUGGAAACUCUAGAGGAAUAUUCUCAGUUCACCAUUGAACAGAUGCCUAUGAGUAGUCAGCUCUGUUUCUCCGGGGACGGUCCGGCCAGAACUUACAGGAAAUGGGGAUUUGAGAAACUGGCGUAUAGAGAUGUGAAGAAAGUCCCACGACGGGAUAGGAAAUACGCGGUUCAACCGCGUAACGUGUUUGCGACGGGAGUUCACAUGUCGCAGAAUCUACAGGGGAAGACAUACCACGGAGCGGGAAGUCUAAUCCGCUAUUUUCACUACCACGGUUCUAUCUCGCAGCGUCGUGAGCCUUGCCGUCAUCUUUUUAACGGGACACGCAUCAUGUUUGAUAACAAUCCUUACGUUCUUGAUACCACGAUGCGUGAUAUUGGCCUUGCGGUUAAGACAUUUGAGAUCAGGACGAUUGGAGAUCGUCUGAUUAGGACACGGCAAUGAAGACAAAAAUAGAGUAUGUUAUAAGUAAUGGUUUCCACUUUGUAUUGUAACGUAAAUCUUGAAAAGGUAUUUUAGGCGAAUGUAACAAUUUUCUAUGAAGUUUUUGCUUUUCAUGUAGUAUUCUUUCAUUUGUAUUAUAAAAUGGGGGUUUAUAGAA